GUUAACAUAUGUGACUAUAAGUAUAAGAGAAAGUGGGGGGGAAGGGAGAGAGCGAGGAUGGAGAUGGGGAAUAAGUUGAGAGGGUUAAGUCACUUCUUCAUAACAGUGUUUCUAUCAGGGUUUGCAGACUGGAUUGUGGCUCCAGCCAUUACCGACCUAACAAUGCAGGCGGUUUGUCCUGGUCAAGACCAAUGCCCUCUUGCUAUUUACCUCUCUGGUUUUCAACAAGCGGUGGUAGGGUUGGGGACGCUGGUGAUGUUGCCGGUGAUCGGAAACCUGUCCGAUAAGUAUGGAAGGAAAGCUCUGCUGACGGUUCCGAUGACUUUGUCUAUAAUUCCUUCAGGUAUUUUGGCAUAUAGUAUAGAGACGCCAUACUUUUAUGCCUACUAUGUGCUCAAGACCCUCUUCGGCUUGGUUUGUGAAGGAAGCGUGGUUACCUUGGCUCAUGCUUAUAUGGCAGAUAACGUACCAGAGCAACAGAGGGCAUCUGCGUUCGGAAUUCUAGCUGGUGUACUCUCGGCCUCCUUGCUCUGUGGAACCUUAGCAGCUCGAUUCCUCUCCACCACCUUUACAUUUCAGGUUGCAACAGUUGCAUCAAUCAUUGGACUCGCGUACAUGAGAAUUUCCCUUAAGGAACAAGUAUGUGAUACCGGUGACAAUAUGUUGCGGCCAAUCUUGAAAGCAGGAACAGAUGAUAUCCGAAACGACCCUGACGCUGAUCAUUCACCGAGGACAGUGCCAAGAUUCAAGAAUAUUCCAUCUAUAAGGGAUGUAAUUUGCUUGUUGAGGAUUAGGAGCUUGCAGUACUUCUUAAGAGCUCGUUUUCACUUCAACCAACCUCAGUUUGCCGAGCUAAUGCUGAUUGUUGCAGUUGCAAUGGCCAUUUCGCAGCUGCUUUUGAUGCCUGCCCUGGUAUCUGUUAUAUCAGAGGAGAAAUUGCUUUCACUCGGGCUCUUCAUGAGCUUUAUGCAUGUUUUAUCAAGCAGCAUAGCUUGGGCAGUCUGGGUUCCUUACGCCUCCAAUAUCUUAUUUGCUGUUUUCGUAGGUUUGGUAUCUCCAUGUAUACGCAGCAUUGCAUCAAAACAAGUUUCACCCAGUUCACAGGGCAUGGCUCAAGGAUGCAUGUCAGGCAUAGAGUCCUUCGCACAAAUUCUUUCACCGUUAAUUUUCAGUCCUCUUACAGCCUUGUUCCUCUCCGAAAACGCACCGUUUUAUUUCCCAGGCUUCAGUCUUACGUGCAUGUCACUCACCCUGAUGGUUGCAUUUAUUCAAAGUCUUUUUAUAAAGGUCGCUCCUCCUGUUGAAGCGUAGCCACUACAAGAUUGUCAAACCCUCCCAUGUACACACAUAGAAAAAUAAUUUUCUUUAAUUAUAUAUGUCUUUUUAACUCCUCAAAAACUUAUUUUUCUUACAUAAUUACUAAAUAACAAGAUAAAAUAAAA